UUUUUAUGUAUCAAAAUCAUCCACCUUAAUCAUGAUGGACAGUUGUCCUCGAACGCAUACCCACCCUCAAAGGAGUGGUCAUUACAUGCGACCAUCCAGCCUCUCGGCCUUAAUCAUGAUGGAUUUUUGUCUUCGAACACAUGUCCACCCUCAACAGAGUGGUCGUUACAUGCGCUAUCCAGCCUCUUAGCCUUAAUCAUGAUGGAUUUUUGUCUUCGAACACAUGCCCACCCUCAAAGAAGUGGUCGUUACAUGCCACCAUCCAGCCUCUCGACCUUAAUCAUGAUGGAUUUUUUUCUUCGAACACAUGCCCACCCUCAAAGAAGUGGUCGUUACAUGCGACCAUCCAGCCUCUCAGCCUUAAUUAUGAUGGAUUUUUGUCUUCGAACACAUGUCCACCCUCAAAGGAGUGGUCGUUACAUGUUCCUCCAGCUCCUUCACGAUUCUAAACUUCCUCUCCUCACUGCCUUCGACCAUCUGAAUCUCCUCGACCUCUCCUUCUGGCUGCAUCUCCGCUUUUUCCUUACCCUUAUCCAACGUCACCUUCUCCUUCUUAGACCUCGAGCUCCUGGGUCGACUUGGGGUUUCAUCUCCCACCUUCGCCUACCUUUUCGCCAACUGCCUAUUAUUUCUCACUGUAGUUUGAUAGCAGCUUUGAGAUGUGAGCUGAUCACAUGCGACCUCACUAACAUUUUCGUCCACAGGAUACUUGAUCGUCAUGUG